CGUAAAGCUGCUCGGCCGGGCCGCCAACACAGUUCCGGCUGCCUCUCUGCGGGGCGCCCCCACGCCUUCUCGGCCGCCCCCUCCGGUCUGCUGAUCGCGGGAUCCACGACGCAGGGAGGUGCGCUCAGGGCAGUGCAGACCCGCGCUCGCCAAGGGCGCGAGGUUGGAGGGCUUCCCGGCGCCCACUCGGGCUUGCCCCAGGCGGCGGUAUGGAGGCGCGCUUCACGCGGGGGAAGUCGGCGCUGCUGGAGCGCGCGCUGGCCCGGCCGCGCACCGAGGUGAGCCUGAGCGCCUUCGCCCUGCUCUUCUCCGAGCUGGUGCAGCACUGCCAGAGCCGCGUGUUCUCGGUGGCCGAGCUGCAGGCGCGCCUGGCCGCGCUGGGCCGCCAGGUGGGCGCCCGCGUUCUGGAUGCCCUGGUGGCCCGUGAAAAGGGUGCCCGGCGCGAGACCAAGGUGCUGGGGGCACUGCUCUUCGUCAAGGGCGCCGUGUGGAAGGCGCUCUUCGGCAAGGAGGCCGACAAGCUGGAGCAGGCCAAUGACGACGCGCGCACCUUCUACAUCAUUGAGCGCGAGCCGCUCAUCAACACCUACAUCUCUGUGCCCAAGGAGAACAGCACGCUCAACUGCGCCAGCUUCACUGCCGGCAUCGUGGAGGCUGUGCUCACGCACAGCGGCUUCCCCGCCAAGGUCACGGCGCACUGGCACAAGGGCACCACGCUCAUGAUCAAGUUCGAGGAGGCGGUCAUUGCGCGUGACCGGGCCCUGGAGGGCCGCUGACCCCUCUGGAGAUAAAGGAUGAGGAGCGCCCUUCUCCCA